AUGGGUCUAUAACCUGAGUCCCCUGCUCCCCUGCUCCAGUAAGCUGUGGGCAGUCCAGUGUUAUGUCUGCCAUGGUUGAAAAGAGUCAGAGACUGCCCUAGAACCUCCAACGGGCAGAGCGGUCACAGUAGUACAGACCCUGGAAGAGAGUUACUUAGUUUAACUUCAUCCCAAAUUGCUGUGAUCAAGCAACUUUGAACUCUGCUUUCCUGUGCAUAUCAGAUAAUUACUUGAUGUGUUAAAUAUAUCAAAGGCAAAUUAAUUCAAUAAUAACUGUCUCUUAAGCCCUUGAUACCCCAGUACUUUUUGUACCAUCUCCUUACAAAUCUGUAAGACAUGGAUUUAAAGAUAAGGAAAUUUAGGCUAAGAGAGUUCACCCUUCAUAGACAAGAGUACACAGCGAUUACGAGGUAAAGGAGAAACCAAGUUUCCAAAGUUGGUGCUGCCUCCAGCCCACCAAACGUUUGAACCACUGUGACACCUGACAUCAGAAAGGUGUUCAGUUCAAGUACAUUUGAACUGGGUCUUCCACAGCAAGAACCGGAUGGGAUUUCUUCCUUCUCCAGCUACAUGAACUCAGCCAAGUCACAGCAGCUUCCAGAACUCUGAAGGAGGUGGCCGGUGCCCUCGAUGGAUCUGUGACAUUCACUCUGAAUAUCACUGAAAUAAACGUUGACUAUGUUGUAUGGGCCUUCAAUACGUUCUUUCUUGCCAUGGUAAAAGAUAAUGACGUAACAUCACAAAGACGUAAAGAAGGGAUAAUCUUUCCAGAUGGACACUACUCCAUGAAACUCAGCCAGUUGAAGAAGAAUGACUCUGGAACCUACCGCGCAGAGAUUCACAGUUCAUCAACUGAGUCUCCUUUCAUCCAGGAGUUUGUGCUGCAAGUCUAUGAGUAUCUGUCAAGGCCCACGGUCACCAUGGAUUGGCAAAGCAACGAGAAUGGCACCUGCAUUAUCAAUCUGACAUGUUCCAUCGACCAGAAAGGAGAGAAUGUGAUGUAUAGCUGGAAAGCUGUGGGAGGCAAUGAGUUUCAUGACGGUGCCAACCUCCCCAUCUCCUGGAGAUCCGGAGAGAAAGACAAGACCUUAAUCUGCAUGGCCAGGAAUCCAGUCAGCAACAGUUCCUCAACACCCAUCUUUGUCCAGAAGCUCUGUGAAGAUUCUGCCAAGGACCUAAACUCACCCAGGGGCAUCCUCUAUAUUCUGUUCAUCGCAGCAGUGUUCAUCCCACUCAGUGCCCUGGUGAUUAUUAUUCAUGCUAGGUGGGCACAGAAAGGAAAAGGCUUGGAGGAAGAUGAGAAGAGAGUGGAGGGCCACCCGGAAAUGCCCAACUCCUGCCCUCACUUGGAGGAGAACACAGCCUAUGACACAAUCCCUUACAUAGAAAAAAGGAGACCGGAAGAAGAUGCAGCAAACACACUUUACUCCACUGUGCAGAUCCCCAAGGAGGUGAAGAGUCCCAGCUCCCUGCCUGCAAAGCCACACACGCUGAGGCCCUUAAGCUUUGAAAAUGUUAUCUAGAGGCAGCACUCCGUCCUCUGGCUCCAGAAAAAGCAAUCACAAAAGGAAAAAAAAAAAAAACAACAAAAAAAAAAACAA